AUGCCACUAAUUAAUGAAAGCCGUCCUGAAGAAUUUACUCUGUUAGGCUUUGCAGACCGCCCUUGGCUACAGCUUCCUCUGUUCACUAGUCUUAUAACGUACCCCAUAGCCAUGAUGGGAAACAUCACAAUCAUUCUGGUGUCCAGGUUAGACUCUCGUCUUCAUAGCCCCAUGUAUUUCUUCCUCGCCAACCUCUCCUUUUUGGACAUGUGUUACACCACAAGCAUUGUCCCUCAGAUGCUGGUUAACCUGGGAAGCUCUAAGAAGACCAUCAGCUAUAUGGGGUGUGCAGUUCAACUUUAUUUCUUUCACAUAAUGGGGGGCACAGAAUGUUUGCUCUUGGCUCUUAUGUCCUUCGAUCGCUAUGUGGCCAUCUGCAGACCUCUUCACUACACCCUCAUCAUGAAUCAGCGCAUUUGUAUCCUAUUAGUUUCCACCAUGUGGCUAAUUGGAAUAACCUAUGCUGUCUCAGAGGCCACUGCUACAUUACGGUUGCCACUGUGUGGUCUCAAUAAGCUGGACCACUUACUGUGUGAGAUUCCUGUUCUGAUAAAGAAUGCCUGUGGUGAAAAGGGUACUAACGAGCUCACACUCUCUGUGGUAUGCAUUUUUAUGUUAGCUGUCCCACUAUGCUUAAUUCUUGCUUCCUAUGCUAGUAUUGGACAUGCUGUAUUUAAGAUCAAAUCUUCUGAGGGAAGGAAAAAGGCCUUUGGGACAAGCUCCUCCCAUCUUAUUGUAGUUUUGUUAUUUUAUGGCCCAGCCAUCAGCAUGUACCUUCAGCCCCCGUCCUCCAUCUCAAGGGAUCAGCCCAAGUUCAUGGCCCUCUUCUAUGGAGUGGUGACUCCCACACUCAACCCCUUUAUCUACACCCUGCGGAAUAAGGACGUGAAGGGGGCAUUAUGCCACCUGGUGAGGAGAAUUUCAGCUUUAAGUGAUAGUUGGUAG